CCGCGCAGCCCCGCGGCGGCUCGGCUCGGCUCGCCCCGGCCGAGCAUGGAGCAGUAGCAGCACGGCGCCUCGCCGCUCCGUCCCGCCGGCCAUGGGUGCGGAGCGCAGAGCGGAGGCGGCGGCAGCGGCAACGCCCCGCGGUGCUUGCGCCUGCAGCGGCGGCGGUAGCUGGCGGCUUUUCCUCGGCUUCUUCGCGCUGUCGCUGGCGCUGCACGUCCUGACGCUGGGCUGUUACCUGGAGCUGCGCUCUGAACUCCGCCGCGACCGAGGCCCGCAGCCCGCGGCACCCCCGCGGCGAGACGGGACGGCGGCGGCAGCUCCGGGCUCCCCGGUCACCGGCCGCCCGCAGCGGCCCGCCGAGGGCGGAGACCGCCGCCAGCAGCUGGCCUUGCUGAACUUCUUCCACCCUGAAGACAAGCUGCACGUUGGAGAAGAAGGCAGAAGGGUCCGACGCAACAAGAGGAGUAAAGGCAGCGAAGGGCCAGACGGUCCAAGCUCAGUGAAAAACAAGAAGAAGGGUAAGAAGGCUGGUCCUCCAGGGCCCAAUGGUCCCCAAGGGCCACCAGGUCCUCCUGGGCCCCAGGGUCCUCCUGGCAUUCCUGGCAUCCCGGGGAUUCCUGGCACAACUGUCAUGGGACCACCCGGCCCCCCUGGCCCACCGGGCCCUCAGGGACCACCUGGGCUGCAGGGCCCCUCAGGUGCCACGGACAAGGCUGGCUCCAGAGACAUCCAGCCAGCUGUGGUCCACCUCCAAGGCCAAGGCUCAGCAAUCCAAGUCAAGAAUGAUCUUUCAGGUGGAGUCCUCAAUGACUGGUCUCGCAUCACUAUGAACCCCAAGGUGUUUAAGCUGCAUGCCCGCAGCGGGGAGCUGGAGGUACUGGUGGACGGCACAUACUUCAUCUAUAGUCAGGUAGAAGUAUACUACAUAAACUUCACAGAUUUUGCCAGCUACGAGGUGGUGGUGGACGAGAAGCCCUUUCUGCAAUGCACUCGGAGUAUUGAGACCGGCAAGACCAACUUCAAUACCUGCUACACGGCCGGGGUCUGCCUGCUGAAAGCCAGGCAGAAGAUCGCCGUCAAGAUGGUCCACGCGGACAUCUCCAUCAACAUGAGCAAGCACACGACGUUCUUCGGGGCCAUUCGCCUGGGAGAUGCACCAGCCUCCUAGAGGCACUUGGCGUGUCCAAGGAGACCUGGAACUGCACGAGAGCUGCUGUUGAUAAGCGUUAUCAGUAUUUCAGGGGGUUCUGUAAUCCGGCCAUCGAGAGAAAACCAAACCUGACGAUCCAGAGCUAUUUAUUGCUAGCUGUGAAGGCAGGAAGCACAAGCGUCCUUCUGCGACUCGCCUGGAGCCUCGGCCAGCUGCGGGAGCCUUGUGAGGAGGGGGAGGAAGGCCUGGCGCGUCUGCCUCGCCUGGCUGUUUCAAGUAUUACUGCACUGAUGCUCUGCUCUGUGAUCUUCACACGAGGCUUGUGGAGAGCGGUGGGGGUCUCUGCUUUUAUGUUGCACUAGCAAGAGCAGCCCAGGCGGUAGCAGGAGAAGACAGACCUGUUGUGUCCAAGUUGUCCUGUUCUGCACACUGACCGAACGCGAGCAAGGGGUGUGUGUAGUGGGGAGGGGGGGUUCUGGUUUUCUGCCCUGCCAGGUGGGGCCGGGAGGGCCACGGGGUUGCGAAGAGAGGUAGGUAAAGACAGAGUCGGUGGUGUUUACAUUCAUCCUCAGGAGGGCGAGCCAGGAGGGAGGAGUGCCUCUACCUAGAGCUUGGAAGCAGGCUGCAAGAGAGGAGGAGUCCUUCGUAGAGCAGGCUUAGUGGCUAGGAAGCUGCCUCCAGGUUGCAGAAACCACCCCGGUCCCCACCCACAGGCCGAUCGCCGGUUCCAGCACCUCUGCUCCUUUCAAGCUCCUGCCAUUACCCCAGAGGUAGACCUUGCCCUCCCCGGGGCUGCCUUAAAACGUACUGCUGCUGUUACAGCGACCUGUGUUUUUGUCAGGGGGUUUUGUCUGGGCUUGGGGGUUCAUUUUUUCGUUUGGGUUUGUUUUUUUUUCCCUCUUUUCGGUGGGGUGUGUUGGGGUUUUUUUGGUUGGUUGGUUGGUUGGGUU